AAUCGUCUAAACAUAUUUUAAAUUUUUGUCUCGCAGUUUACCUCACCGGUACGGUAUACGUAGACGUACGGCUCUACACAUUGUACAUUAUUAUUAAUAUUAUAGUCAAACGUUGAGUGUCAUAUUGGAAAGUAGAGAAUUCGUUUCACGUACAUGGAAUUUCGAUUUGUUUAUUCAAUAGUACAAUUUGACAUAAAACCGAUUAGCGAAUAAUAAUAUAAUUGUCGUCUUUAAUUACGAGCAAUACCACUGCUAACGAUCGCAUACCAGAAAUAUUGAACCAUUUAAACAUGAGUAAACAAAAGUGUUUUAUUAUUUUAACAUUCAUAAUUGGUAUGGCAACAGCUCAGUCCGGCAGUGAAUGCAAUACUCCAAAUCUUGAAAAAGGUGUUUGUAUCGAUGUAAAGAGCUGUCCAAAGUUACUAAAUCUAAUAGAAAAUCAGAGACACGUACCGUCCGUUUUAGACUUCCUUAGAAAAUCCAUAUGUGGAUUUGAAGGCAAAAUUAGAAAAAUGUGUUGUGCUUUGGAAAGUAAUGAAACAACGGUACCUCCACGUGUAGAAGUAACUACUGAAAACACCGAUUCAGAUUUAAAAUUAAGAAUACCUUUGGAAACUACGUGUGGAAUAAGUAAUGUCACUCGUGUAAAAAUUAUUGGAGGAGAUCCAGCGGAAUUAGGGGCUUGGCCUUGGAUGGUGGCCCUGGGCUAUGUGGGUGUAAACCAAUAUAAUCGUGAAUUACAAUGGAAUUGCGGUGGUACAUUGGUAACAAACAAACACGUGCUUACAGCCGCACAUUGUGUUUUUAGACUGAACAAUAUGAGACUGACUACUGUACGAUUAGGUGACUUGGAUUUGGAUCCUACUGUCAAAGACAAUGCAACGCCAUUAGAUGUUUCAGUUGAACGUAUCAUCAUACAUGAAAGAUAUAACGGAUAUAAUUUUGCCAAUGACAUAGCAUUAUUGAAGUUAAGAAAUAAUGUCACUUUUAACGAUUUAAUACAACCAAUAUGUAUGCCGAUGACUUCGAGUUUUAGAAACUUAGAUAUGUCGAGAAGUUCACUAUUUGUUGCCGGUUGGGGUACCACUAUACCUACGAAAACUUACAGUGCCCCACAAGUAACUGCUUUGAUGGAAGUUCAAGUUCCAAUAACGAAGGCUGAUGAAUGUGCACGAGCAUAUUCAAACAUGUAUCAAGCAGUAAUUGACGACAGAGUGUUAUGUGCUGGAUUUCCAGAGGGAGGAAAAGACUCGUGCAGGGGUGAUUCGGGAGGUCCAUUAAUGUAUCCAAAAGGAAAAGUAUUUUAUUUGAUGGGUAUAGUUUCUUUCGGAACCAAAAAUUGUGGCCAACCAGGAUUCCCAGGCGUGUACACUAAGGUACCUUCAUUCAUGGACUGGAUUAUUGACAAAAUAAAUAAAAACUUACAAUACAAUAUUAUUGUCGCCUUCGAUUACGAGGAAUACCAUUGCUAUAACGAUCGCAUAACAAAAAUAUUGAAUCACUUAAACAUGGGAAAACAAAAGUGUUUUAUUAUUUUAACAUUCAUGAUUGGUAUGGUAACAGCUCAGUUUAGUAAUGAUUGCAAUACUCCAAAUUUUGAAAAAGGUGUUUGUGUCAAUAUUAAGAGCUGUCCAAAGUUACUAACUCUUUUAGAAAAUCAAAGACAUAUACCGCCUGUUUUAGUCUUCCUUAAGAAAUCUUUUUGUGGAUUUGAUGGCACAAACACAAAAGUGUGUUGUGCUUUGGAAAAUAUUUCAACACCGGUACCAUCAAGCGAUACAACUAUUAAGAACACCGGGUCAGAUUUAAGAUCAAAAAUACCUUCGCAAACUACGUGUGGAAUAAGCAACGUCACCCGCAUUCGAAUCAUUGGAGGAAAUCCCUCGGAAUUAGGUGCUUGGCCUUGGAUGGCGGCCUUGGGCUAUCAGGGUUUAAAAAAAAAUAAUCGUGCGGUACAAUGGCGAUGCGGCGGUACACUGGUAACAAACAAACACGUGCUUACAGCCGCACACUGUGUUUAUAAUAUUCAAAAUGCAAAACUGACUACUGUACGAUUAGGUGACUUGGACUUGGAUCCGAAUGUCGAAGACAAUGCAAGGCCAUUAGAUGUUCCAGUUGAAAGUAUCAUCAUACACGAGGAUUAUAACGAAAAUGUGUUAGCCAAUGACAUAGCGUUAUUGAAGUUAAAAAAUAGUGUCACUUUUGACGAUUUAAUACAACCGAUAUGUAUGCCAAUAACUCCAAAAAUUAAAAACGUAGAUAUGUCGAGAAGUUUACCUUUUGUUGCCGGUUGGGGUACCACUCGACCUACGGAUACUUACAGUGCUCCACCCGUAACUACUUUGAUGGAAGUACAAGUUCCAAUAACGAAAUCGGAUGAAUGUGCAAAAGCAUAUUCAGACGAACCAUCUGCAAUAAUUGAUGAUAGAGUGUUAUGUGCUGGAUUUCCAGAGGGAGGAAAAGACUCGUGCAGGGGUGAUUCGGGAGGUCCAUUAAUGUAUCCAAAAGGAAAACAAUACUAUGUAAUGGGUAUAGUAUCUUACGGAUAUAGAAAAUGUGGCGAACCAGGAUUCCCAGGCGUGUACACUAAGGUACCUUCAUUCAUGGAUUGGGUUAUUGACAAAAUUGGUAAAAAUUGAGUUGCAUAAGCGCAUAACUCAUAAAGUCAUAACUUUUUUUAUAAUUUUCACAUUUCCCUGCAUUAUGAAGAUAUUUUUAAAUGAUUAAUUUAUGUAAAUUUUGUAUGUCAAGUUCAUUUUUUAAUUUAUUUUAUUAUAUAAUUUAAUAUUAUUGUCGAAAUUUACAUAAGAGACCCGAUAAAUUAUUUGUAUAAAAUACUUAAAUACCGGAGUUUUUUAUUCAGGCUAAUAUAAGAAAAAUACUGAUAAUUCUUCAACCAGUGCGGUGUCUAAUGGUUUCAAAUUCAAUAAUAUUAAUCUCCGACUUUUUUAUUUAUUUAAUAUAAAAUGCUAGGGCCACCACCCGAUGAACCAUUAUUUCUGUACCCAAUAAAAUGCGUUGUUAAACCUUUUUAAACUAUGUCUUACUUAAAAACAUAUAUGUAUUUACAUACUAUAAUUUUAUACAUAUAAUAGGUAUAAUAAAAAAAAUAUAUAAUAUACUCGUAAUACAUAUAA